ACCAAGCAGAGGCUGAGGGCAGAGACCACCCUGAGGCUGCUCUGGAUAUUCAAGGCUGUUGUGGCAGCAGAGUGGCCCCGAAGGUGUGCAGCAGGGACGCCUAGCUCUCUCUCGCUCCCGCUCAUGGAUUUUAAGAUUCAGGCUCAGCAGUCUUCCAUGGCUCCUUAUCACAUCCGCAAUUACCGGGAGAAGGACCGCACACAGGUCCUGGACUUGUUCUCUCAGGGAAUUAAUGAGCACAUCCCCACCACAUUCCGCCACAUUUUGAAGCUGCCCCGAACCCUGGUGCUCUUGGUUGGGCUGCCCCUCGUCUUCUUCCUUCUCUCUGGUUCCUGGCUGCUGGCCCUUGUAGCCAGCCUCACCCUUCUUGCUGCCCUGAGAUUCCUCUCCAGAUACCCCUGGACCAAGUUUUUAGUCAUGUCUUUGCGCAAAGACAUGUCUGACAUAACCAAGUCCUACUUCGGGAAGCCUGGCUCCUGCUUCUGGGUGGUUGAGGCUGAGGGGCAGGUGGUGGGCAUGGUGGGCGCUCUGCCCGCCACUCUGCAGAAGGAGAAGUUGGAGCUGCUUCAUCUGUGCGUGGCCAUGGAGCACCGAGGCCAGGGGAUAGCAAAAGCUCUGGUCAGGACUGUCCUUCAGUUCGCACGGGACCAGGGGUACAGCCAAGUCAACGUCAGCACGUCCAUAAUGCAGCACUCGGCCAUGGCCCUCUACCAGCGCAUGGGCUUCCAGAAGAUGCACCAAUCCUUCCUCUCCAUGAGCUGGAGGCUAAUGGCUGUUCCUAUAGUUAGCUUUGUCUACUGCCUCCCCUCUGCUCGGGCCUCUGAGAUAAAGGGUCCAGGAGGGGGCCCGUGAUCUGGUUCCUUGUGGGUCAGAAGAGGGCUGGGUCUGCUGAGGUCACAACCAAACCCCAGAGUAUCAGUGUGACAGCACAGUGAAAGCUUACUGCUCGGUCAUGUGGGAACGCAGUGGGGUUGGCAGUGGCCGGCUCUGCUCAUGCAGUCUUUUGGGUUGCCACGGUUUCACUUACCUAGUGCCACAGAAGUUGCAUGAAAACAAACUAGUGAAAUAAACAAACACAAGUGAACAUAUCCCUA